GGAAAGGCUCUCUCUCUCCCUGGAUGGCUGGAUCCCCCUUGCGGUCUCGCUACCUCUUCCUCUCUCUCGUCGGCUCGUCGCCGGCGCGCCACCUCCGCCGCCGUUGAAGCCCUCGCGUUCGCCGCUUCUCUCCCCCAACCAACGAAGCCCUAGCGCGUUCGCCUCGCCGCCCACCGGCGAUGCUCUCCGGCGUCAAGUUUAUCCCCCGGGAGCAGAUCGGCGAGGAUGCCCUAGGCGGCGCCGGCUCGGCGGGGUCCGACAGCUCCGAGGAUAGGCGGCGGCGGAAGAAGCGGGGCAGGAAGGGGAGGGACAAGGAGGAGAGGCGGGACCGGAGGCGCCGGCGGAGGCGGAGCAAGUACGGCUCGGACUCCGAGGAGGGGUCCGAUAGCGGAGACUCGAUCGAAGAGGAGGAGGAGAAAGGGUUGAGCCGGAGCAAGCACCGGAGGAAGCAUCAGAGGCGGCGCCAUGAGUUCUCCGAUGACGACGAUGAUGAUGACGAGGAGUCCAGUGGUGAAUCUGAUAAGAGAAGAGGCAGUCGCAAGAGCAAGCUUGGAGGUGCCGCAGGUGAUGAUGAUGAUGAGGAGGAGGAGGAUGAGGGAAUUGGAGGUGAGGAGUUGAGAGCUAGUGAUAUUGUCAGGAAGGAGAUGGGCCUCGAAUGGAUGCUCAAGUCGGCAAGCAGUGGUCGGGCGGAGAGCAGCCAAGCUGGCGGGGCUGACAAAGAUGAGGAGGAGGUUGCACCCGAGGAGGUGAAGAAAGCCAAUCCAAAGGAAUUGAAUCCAUACCUGAGGGAUAAUGGCAGUGGGUACCCUGAUGAAUCUAGCCCUUCAAAUGCAGGCAACCAGUUGCUUGCUUCCUCUGUGGUUGGUGAUGGAGGUGCUAGCUGGAGGCUCAAAGCUUUGAAGCGUGCAAAAGAGCAAGCAGCUCGUGAAGGAAAACAACUUGAGGAGGUUGUUGGUGAGAGAUGGGGCUCGUUAGGCCACUUAGCUGCAUCAGUGUCAGCAUCUAGAGCUGCCCCUUCGCAUGCUCAUUUACAUGCCAUUAGAGGCAGAAAAGCUGGGCAAGCAGGCAGCUCAGAAGAACAUUCCAAAGAAAAUCCAAAGGAGGGUCAGCAAGGUGGAGACAGUGGUAGACGUGAAUACUUAAAAGAUGUUUCCUCUCGGCAUCAUGCAAUGAGAAAACCUAAACCUGAUUCUGUACCAUGGAAAAGGAAUAGGCAGAAUAUUUCUUCUGAGGAUCAGGCACUUAUCUCUUCAGCGAUAGCAGGAAUCAAUAAGUUCUCUAAUGAUGGAAGCUUUUUGGAAAAGAUUAAUAAUCUUGAAAGCAAGACUGUAAAUGUUUUGACUGCAGAGGUUGAUGAGCUCAAGUCUGAUAAGGGUAGCUCAAAGAAAGCACCUUCAGUUAGCACUCAAAAGCUAAAUGCGAACCAGUUAGCAGCAAAGAUUCUGCAGCUCCGAAUGAAAGGCAAGCAUGAAGAAGCUGAACAACUUUCGCGAGAAAUGGAGGCGGUGCUGGAGAAUGAGGAUACUGCUGUUGAAGAACCUAGGCAUGAAGUGAGGAGUUCAACCAGGAACACAAUAAAGCCUAGUGCAGCUGAUCGCAGGAAAAGAGAAGAGGAUGCUGACCGGCAUCUUGCAAAUAAAAUUAUGCACAAUAAACAGUACAACAUGUCUAAAAGUAUAGAGGAUGAAUAUGAUUUUGGUGAUGCCCCCAGUAAGAAAGGCAAAAGGAGGAACAAAGAUGCACAUGAGGAGAGGAGAAGCACUCAUUGGCUCACAACUCAGAAAGAGCGCUGUAUGUAUUGCUUCGAGAACCCAUCACGGCCAAAGCAUCUGGUUGUUGCUAUAGGAAACUUCACUUACUUGAUGCUGCCACAGCUUGAGCCUGUUGUCCCUGGGCACUGCAUUAUUCUGCCAUUGCAGCAUGAGUCUGCAACAAGAACAGUUGAUAGAAGUGUCUGGGAGGAGAUCCGCAACUUUAAGAAGUGCCUCCUGAAAAUGUUCGCGCAGCAGGACAAGGAUAUUGUUUUCAUGGAGACUGUUAUAAGCUUGGCCAAACAACGCAGGCACUGCAUGAUUGAAUGCAUCCCUAUCCCCUCCGAAGUUUCAAACAAUGCUCCCAUGUACUUCAAGAAGGCAAUUGAUGAAGCGGAAGAAGAAUGGACCCAGCAUGACAUGAAGAAACUUAUUCCAACAAAGGGAAACCUGCACCAAGUCAUCCCAGAGAACUUUGCCUACUUUCAUGUAGAGUUCGGGCUCGACCGUGGAUUUGCCCAUGUCAUAGACGAUGAGAGCAAAUUCAGUGCAGGUUUUGGGUUGAAUGUCAUCAGAGGGAUGCUCCAGUUGCGGGAAGAGGACAUGCACAGGCGCCGAAGGCAUGAAUCGAUGGAUAAUCAGAAACAAGCUGUUGCUAAUUUCAUGAAGGACUGGGAACCCUUUGAUUGGACCAAACAGCUUGAUUAGAUGUAAAUACAGUCACCAGAACCUCUGUAAGAACAGCCUUCUGGAAAUUGUACGACGAAUUUUUGUAGGAAAUGUCAUGUCCUGUAUUCAUGUUAACACAUUUGUUUCUUCACCUGAUACUGAAUGUAGCUUAAAUCUAUAAUUUCGAAAUUGACAUCAACCCCGGCCAUAACGCCAUUAAAACA